GGAGACUGUUGGGAACGAAUAUCUAAUUUGUCGUCUGCUCUGCUGGAAAGGAAAUGGCGUCCCUAAAUAUACAGUGGUCCAGAGUAGUCCUCCUCACAGUGCUAUUGCUCAAUUUCAUCUCACCCUCUCUUUCUUUGGAUACAGAUAAGACACCUAUCGACAACGAGCAAGUACAAGAGUUUUCAAGUAUAUUAAAACAACUGAAUGAAUAUUUUGACCAGAGAAUGUUACGACAUGAGGAACCUGAAAAUGUCAAAGAAACCAACGAUACAAAUGUGACGAAGGAUAAACUUUUAUCAGAGGAAGAGAGUAUAAAAAUUGAACGGAGAUCAAAUGCUCACACGCCAUGGUAUUGUCAUUCAACCGUCGGAUGGAAAGAUCUUGGUAACCUGCAUUAUCCUCGAUUUGUAAAAGAAAUAAGGUGCACGGGAAAUGCGUGCAUGCAUGGAUUUUACAAUUGUAGCCCAAAUUAUUAUCCAUUGAGAGUUCUAUCGGCAAGAGAAGAUUCCAGCAGGGUUAACCAAGAUGUCGAAGCAAGUUUUUUACCACCUGGUUUGAGACAGAACUGGACAUUGAUGGAAAUCGACAUCUCUGUCGGUUGCAUGUGUGGAAAUUAAUCAGAAAUUAUUUUAGACAUUCUGACAUUGAACAUCCCCAGAGAGGACAUCUACCCAACAGUAUUAAUAAUAUUUUAGUUUAAUUGGUUUUUGUAGGGUUCAAUUAAUUUUUUAUUUCUUUUAUCAAAAUGACAAAACAAUCAAAUCAAAGCAAACGUUUUAAGCUUCAAGAAUGUAACGGAAACAUCGAAUAAGCUGUCAAAAUGCUAUUAUUAGGACAUAAUGUCAUUUCUCUUAACCAAAACGAUGAUACUUACGCAAUAUUUUAUCACAAAACUGACAAAGUAUAGUAUUCUGCGGAAAGAUGACUUUUCAUAUACAAAAAAAUAUUUCGCUUUAACAAAAAACGAGGACUACUAUACCUAUUAACAACGCGUUUGGUUGUACUGCAAAUUCGGCCGGAUGUAUUUUAAUGGCGCAUGCACAUUCUGCCUAAGGCAAAAAUAACCAUUGCUCAACGUAUGUAGAUGUUCCUAGAUAAUUCCAAAAAAGCUCACUGUACAAAGAAUUAGAUUUUGUAAAAUAUAAAUAUUUUUACAAGACAAGAACAAAAACAAACGAAAAAAUGAAAUGUUGAGAUGGCGUCUUAGUAAAAUAUAGCGGCUUAGUCUGACGCUUGAUAUUUGACCUUUGUUCAGUAUAGAUAUUUUAUAAGAAUUAGCAUAACAUCUAGCGUUUAUAAGUAAAUGUACUGUCUUCCUCCUUGUUCCCUUCAAAAGAUGAAAUGAAUGAAAAUGAUUGAAAAUUGCUGAAAC